GAUUAGUAGCACCUUCUAGCAGUCAUUUGCAUUGUAUAGACCUUAUCUUAUCUAAACCAGAUUGGUUUAUCAACAAUCAAAGCCACUCUUUCCCGGUUAUAAUUGUUUACAUAUUUAAAGCCACAUACAAGUAAAGAACAGUUGAGGUUAAAUAAGUAAAGGUUACACACAACUAACCUAGUUGUUAAAUGUGGUCUGUCAACUAUGGUUUUGGGAAAGAAAAUAAGAGAGUUAACAUUCCCAAUCAAGUUUAUUACAAAAGUUCAUUUUAAUUUACAUUUAAUCAAAGACUAAGCUUAAAUGAGUAUGUCUUUUGAUAUUUUAUAAUAGAGUUGUAGCUUAAACCCAUGCUGUGUUUGCUUUCCAUAAAAUGGGUCGGCACUGUUGUAAUCCGUCUUUGCUGGACCACUUAAAUGACUGACAGGAAUUAUAGUAAAGGCCAUUUUAAUCUCAUGAAAGGCAGUUGGUCAAAUUCUCCGGCUGCUUUAAAUCCUCUCCUUUUAUAGAAUCUGGAGCAUGUGACCACAAUCUAAGCAGUUAUUGUGUAAGCUUCUCGUUGUAUGAGAUUUUACAUGUUUGCUCAAGGAUCGCCUAAAAUAUUCCCCAAGGGAAUGUCUAUUCAUAAAGGUGGCAUAAAACUACGCUGACUGUCUUCCUGUUGAAAUCUACAGUCAGUUUUUCCCUGACAUUCCUCCACGUGAGUUUUUUUUUUUUUUUUUGAAUCAUCAAGUCACAGAAGGAAGCAUAUUUUCUUCUCGACUUUCACUUCUCUAACAAGUUCCAGAAGAACGGCUCGUCUGCUUUUUGUCCUGCUUUGGGUUUCUUUUCGCUGCUUUUUUUUCCUGUUUUGGAUUUUAAGCAUUUCAUUUCAGAACAAAUGUGUAACGCAAUGCAUGAGGCUGCACUUUGUGCCAUAAAAUUGCAUCCGAUGUGGCAGGAGCCGCUCGCCGUUCCCGGAGGAGAUCGCCAGUCACCAGUUGACAUUGUGGUGCGUGAAAGCAUCUUUGAUCCGCAGCUCAGACCCCUGAAGGUGCAGUAUGACCCGAGAACCUGCCAGCAGAUCUGGAAUAAUGGGUACUCUUUUCUGGUCGAGUAUGACGACACCACUGACAAAUCCACUCUGAAAGGAGGACCACUGGAGGAUCAGUUCAGAUUAUGCCAGUUUCAUUUUCACUGGGGGGAGAACAACACCUGGGGCUCUGAACACUCCAUAGACCGCCGCCUUUACCCUGCUGAGCUCCAUCUUGUUCACUGGAACUCUGACAAGUACAGUUUGUUUGAGGAGUCUGUUAUUGAGGAGAAUGGACUAGCUGUGAUUGCAGUCUUUCUGAAGAUUGGAAAGAGACACGAGGGUCUGCAGAAACUGGUAGAUGCCUUGCCUGCAGUCAGGCACAAGGAUAGCGUGGUAGAGUUCACCAAGUUCGAUCCUGCUUGUCUCCUCCCAGAAAACAUCAAUGACUAUUGGACAUACGCAGGCUCUCUGACCACUCCUCCUCUUACUGAGGCGGUGACAUGGAUUGUGAUGAAACAGCACAUUGAAGUCAGUCAUGAUCAGUUAGCAGUGUUUCGAAGCUUGCUGUUCACAUCGGCAGAGGAACAGUUGCAGAGAAGUAUGGUCAACAACUUCCGUGUUCAGCAGGCUUUGAAAGGACGGACUGUCCGCUCGUCUUUUACCCCCUUCCUCCAAAAUGCUGCUCCCCCAGUGAUGUAGCAACAAAACUCAGUGACCUAAUUCACAUCUUAACCUCCAAAACAAGCACAACCUCAUCAGUCACUUUAUAUUACGGAGAGCUGAUAUCCAUAAGGACUUAACUGAAUUUGGUCAAAUGUUUUCAUCAUUUCCAACCAGGCAUUUUGGGAUAGAUUGGAGAGAUUUUGUUGAAAGAGAUUAACAAAGAUAUAGUUUAGUUAUUAAAAGGCCUGUUUACCCUCUGACAAAAGGUU